GGCCGAUUGUCCUCCCCUUGAGCAUCCCUGUAUACCGGCACAUGGAUAUUGUGCGCCUUCUUAUUGCAUGUGGAUGAUGUUUCCGGACGACUGCCGCAACCCGUUGACUGCUGGAGGGGACGUCUUGGGCAAAUGGGUGUCGUCAUUUAAUUGGGGGCACGCUGCGGGCAUCAGCGAUUGGACACAGCAAAUUACAGCAAGAAACCAUCUCAUCCGGCUGGACUUGGGCCAACCUCUGCCUCUCUUCACUACACAUGGUCGACUGUCACUGCCUCUCCAAUGCCUGCUUCAAUCCCGCGUCCGUGUAAGCAUUGGCAUGGAUCCGCGUGAAGAUACAACCAACUUACCUGUCACUCCUUUUUCCGCCCUGCGUCGCUCACGCUUGCAGUGCGAGAAUUCUUCUCACCAUCAGCGGUGAACAACCACCCUCAAUGACAGAAAUCAUGGCCAAACCGUCCACUGAGGAUUCCGCCACCGAGAACCUGCGGAAGCGGAAUGCUCCUAUCAGGGCAAAUACGCAGGAAGACGCCAGAAAAGCCGUGCUGGAGUUGAACGCUCUUGAGGAGAGGGAAGCUAAAGAUGAAAAAGAUCGCAAGACUUUUGGCCGUACUCCGGAUGGCACUGUGUUCACUGUCCCACACACCCAUGACAUGGUUUCCCAGCUACUGUCUCCCAAGGAGCCUAAGAACUUGUCAGACAUCAGUGUGCUAUUGAUCCUGUUGCUACACGCUCUCUUGGCAUGGUCUCUGCCCGCAGCCCUGAGAAAACCAGUUCUUGCAGUCCUCUUCUUGUGCUGGCGAGCCGGAUACAAUAUCGGCAUUGGCUACCUCCUCCACAUGCAAUCUCAUCACAAGCUGCUGGUCAGGUGGGCCCGAAAAUCGAAGCUGUUCCCCAUUGCCUCCAAUGGCGAAAAUCCUCAUCCCAAACUCCGCGCGUUCAUCAAAAGAGAAUUAGAAACCAAAAUUCCCAAGGACUAUGAUUUCGACACCGCUCCUCUCGAAUACAACACUUGGUUGGUCUUUCGCCGCCUCGUCGACUUGAUUCUCAUGUGCGACUUCACCACCUACAUGCUCUUUGCUCUGUCCUGUGCUCAUAUUCCUGCCACCGAACCCGCUCCCCUAACAGCACUUCGUUGGAUUGUUGGCAUGUCCCUGUUCGUCUUUAACAUAUGGGUCAAAUUGGAUGCACAUCGCGUGGUCAAAGACUUCGCUUGGUACUGGGGCGACUUUUUCUUCCUUAUCGAUCAAGAGUUGACCUUUGAUGGGGUUUUCGAGAUGGCGCCCCACCCAAUGUAUAGCAUUGGCUACGCCGGCUUCUACGGAAUCUCCUUGAUGGCGGCUAGUUACAAAGUCCUCUUUAUCUCAAUCAUUGCUCAUGCUGCUCAAUUUGCUUUCCUGGUGAUGGUCGAAAGCCCUCAUAUCGAUCGCACCUACAACUCUCCGCCCCCGCGAAGGGCUAUCAAUGAGUUACCAGCAGCAGCGCAGAUGGAAAAGUCUUUGGCCGAGCACAGCUCUACCGGAGAGGUGUGGCCCAGUCCAGCCCACGCGCAACCGUCCCAAACGCACAAUCUGCUGGGUAUCCACAAUAUCGAUCUCUAUCGAACCACAGACACAGCGGUCUUUCUUUUACAAUCCUACCUGUUUGCCUUGACCGUCCUCACGCCCAAUACAAGAUUCUACCAGACACUUUUCGUCGUCAAUGCCACCGUUUGGCGGAUUUGGUACUCUGUGGGUAUUGGCUAUUUGUUGAACAGACAAUCGUCGAAGAAGAAAUGGACCCGUCACUUUCUGAAGUAUGGUGAGAGCACGGGCGAAGCUUGGAGACAAUGGAAAGGCAUCUACCACAUGAGCAUGACUCUCUGCUAUUCAAGUUUUGCAGCUGCUGCUUGGAAGAUGUACCGUCUUCCCUUGAACUGGGACGGUGGGAUGGCACUUCCCAAGCAUGUCAUCGGACUAGGACUGAUUGCUCUCCAAUUUUGGGUUUCAUUCAGUAUCUAUGACCAGCUCGGAGAAUUUGGGUGGUUCUUUGGAGACUUCUUUUUUGACCAUUCUUCCAAGCUGACCUACGGUGGCAUCUAUCGCUUCCUCAAUAACCCAGAGCGAGUUCUCGGAACGGCGGGAGUCUGGGGCAUAGCUCUGAUUACGAGCAGCAAAGCCAUGUUCUGCCUCGCCUUGCUGAGCCACACUCUGAGUCUGGCAUUUAUUCAAUUCGUGGAGAGGCCGCAUAUGCAAAAGCUCUACGGCAGGAGCCUUCGACAAGAUGCUGGACUGGUCAGGAGUCUUCGCAGAUCACUUCCUCCACCUCUGCGGCAAUGGCAAGACGGAAUGGAUAAAAUGCUGGGCGACGCCUUUGAUGUCCUGGAAGAAUUCUUUGAUGCGGCCAAACCGAAACUUGCAGCGGGCGUGACCAGCAUUGUCGAGGAUACUAAGAGCUUAUUGCCAAAGAACCCGCAUCGUUUGACCAUGACAAAGCUGGAGCCGGAGAUUGCUGGGUUAGAUCCGAAAGACUACAAGCUAGAGAUCGAGGGCACGCCGGCAUCUGCCCUUGCUCAUGCUCAACGCUCGAGUGAUAGAGAGUCUGAACAAGGCAGACUCCCAGCGGAACGCACAAACGAUUUCAAAGCCCUCCUUUUUGAAUAUGGUGCCCCCAUCAAAGUCAGAUGGACUGCACCGCUCAACCAUGGGAAGAAGGACUGGAUCGGUCUGUACAUGGUGUCAGACAACAAUUCGCGUGAGGUGACAAGACUAUCAUCAUCGGGAAGAUGGAUCGCCACCAACCGCGACGAGUAUGAAGUCCUCAAUUCCGAAGUCGGCAUUAUAUCCAGCGACGUCAGGAGCACAAUGACUACUGAAACAGGCGAAAUAAAGGAAUGCUUUAACGGGGAGAUGAUCUUCUCAGGCGACAAAUUAUGGUGGACUCAAGGUGUCUUUGAAUUCCGAUAUCAUCACAAUGGCAAGCACAAUGUCAUGGCCAUCUCUCUGCCAUUCGAAGUACGCAUCCCGCGCUUUAGCGACGAUGAUCUCGAGUCCUUCGACACCACGUCCUUGUCGACCCCAAUGUCUCUUCAAAACGAUGCAAUGGUUCGCCACACCAUUGAGAGCGCUCUGUUGCCGAUCGUACAGAAUUGCUUCGACCGUGACCCGGAGAUUGCGCCGCGCACCGUCAAAGAGCCAUUUGGGAGCCUCGUCGAUCGCGAUGGAAAAUAUGCCAAGCGCGUGGUGUACAUUAUCCAUCAGAUGUUUGGGAUAGAGUUUGCGCCGGAGGUCGUCAAAGCGGAUGGGAAAGUUGAGAAUCUGGCAUGGCGAAUCUGGGAGGCGAAGAAGGUAUUGGCGCCUUUUACUAUGUCGAGAUCGAAAGGGCCCGGAACGCCGGUUGAGGUUGAGGUUCAGGUUGAAGAUUGAAACAUUCGUCGAAUGAGUUCGCUCUAUCGUGAUUGCUCGGUGGUCACCGAAGGGAACGGCAAUGACUGGUCCCUUGGGAAUCGUUGUCCCAAUCCUUUGGAUGGGAACAAUAUCCAACAUUCCAGAUUCAAAAAUCUAUGUGUGGUACCAAGCUAGGGGGGUAAAAGCAAGUCUGAUGCGAUAAAGACCCGAAGACUCUCGGAUGGACAGCAAGGCAGGACGGCGAGUCCAGGCAGCCUCUAUCAAGAAACUCCUCCGCUGAUGAAUGUCCCUCCCAGACCUAGGAUCCCAAGUCCGUCCAAUGCUCUAAAUAGUGCGAAUCACCUAGUAGAAUAUCGACCUUGUCCGAUGGUGUGCCAACAACUCC